GCCAUUCAGACUUCUGAUGCUGGUCGUUUGACUUAUCAAGGCUGAGUAAUGAGUAGUGAAUACAAGGACGGCGAAGAGGGUGAAACGGUGAAAUAUCGACUCAACAUUACAAAGAAACUCACCGUCUGUUGAAACGACAAGUACCGUAUGUAAAAGAAGAGACAGGAAUGAGUGUUGAUCUGUACGCCACACUAUCUAAAGCUAAUGUAUAGUGUCAUAUAUGCGUUCGUAGUGAAUAAAGUGGAAGGAGUCAUAAGAAAGUAUACCACUUUUCUCUCUGUCUACCACGUUGCAGUUGUUGCUUUUCAGUGACUGAAUGUGUUUAUAAAAAGUUUUUACAAGUUUGCCACUACGUUUAAAAUAGGCGGAACUUUUCCCCAGGCAAUAUUAUCAAAAUGCCACCCUCAAAAUCUCUCGUCGAAUGUAUAACUGAGGAAGGGCAAGAUAUCUGAAGACUGGGAAAACGCAAAAAUUUCGUCUAAUCUAUCUGGGGGCUACUGAAGGGUUUUCGUCGGUGUAAUGCAAUUGAUUCUUAUUUAACAAAAGAACUAAAGAACAGAUAACCAAGAAUUGCCUUUUGUCUGUAAGGAAGGUUCAUGGUUCACGUGGGACAGGUUGCUGCGUACGUGCCUCAAAAACAAGCUGUUUGAGUCGGCGGUCAUAAAACAGAAGAAAAAAAUCGACCGGGAUUAGGCUCGUCGGUUACAGAAUACGACGCCGAGAAGGAAUUUACGAUCACUGGCACGGAAGAACAAAGAGAUCGAUAACAUCUGUCAUAAAACGUACUCACUCUCCACCUCCAGAUCAGACUCCAGUCACGUGCUUCGUUCGUGUCCCUGGGAUGGACAGACGGGGCGCGAGAAAGAGUUUAAAGGACGGGCAGGUUGUGAUCUGGUCCUCACACUCACACCGUCACAGCAUCGAGGAGUCGGACAUCACUCGCAGUGCGCGCCGCGCAGGAUCUCAGACAAGAUACUCAAAGGGAAGUUGGCAUCGUGGUGAUAUACAGUCUUCUUUUCAAAGCAAAACUUAUCAUGAUAAUAAUAACAUUACCUCUCACACUAAACCUUCAGAUAGAAGUUCUCAAGUCGAGACUUCAUACCUGAAGGCUUCUCCCAGUGUCGUUGAUUCAGAUCGCAAACUUUGCGCGAGGAAGGGACAAGACGUAGAGAAGAUAACAUCUCACGACCCGGGAUUUCUGUUGCCUCAAACGCAGUCAGAGAGAGAGACACCAAGACGUAACUUUGGUCCUCAGAAGCAAGGAGAGUUGAAAGAUGGAACUGUAUCCUCCGGGAACCCACGUCUCAAGUUACUCAACAGCCGAAGUUUGCGAUACCUCAGGGAUCUGGAUGGUCAAGCUAAUGAGACAGGUCACUCAGCUGUUGGAGCCGGACAUUGGAUAUCAUCGUCACGGAAUCGCACGGAUAACACCAAGAGUGGUUUAGGCAAAAUCAAAAGCCGCUUUGGAAAAUCCCGAAGUCAGACAGACAGGUUAGGAAAUAGUGCGGGCGUGUUCGGGAACCCUUUGGACCAAUUCCGGAAUCACAACCAAAAAUUCGAAAACCGUGUGAACAAACUUGGACUAACCGUCAUAGCACCGGUGGUGACGAAACGGAGAAUCUCUGAGCUGGCCACGAUACAGGAAGGCAAACUACACUCAGCGGCAGGGGGCGCUGCGGCUGAUGGUGACCACGUGACCUAUUAUUAUAGUAACACUGAGUCGUUAUCUAGACGACAGUUUGGGAAAACCUCCUGGAGGUCACCAAAAGUUGUAGAUCUGAGCCACAUCUCGGGGAUCGGGGGUGGACCCAGCAACGAGAGUAGAUCCGGUGCGAGGCAAUGGGAGGCAUCAGACCGAACGUCCAGGCUGGGUUCAGACUUGGAGGAAGAUCGAGAAACAAUUGCUGUAAAGCGUGCAAGAAAUGGGGGAAUUUCUUAUAAAGACAAAGCAAUGUCUAAAAAACUGAGGAACCAGAAAAAAUAUUAUACAGAUGAUUUGAAUACACAAAGCCACAGUUCUGUUUCACGAAACAGAGAAAUGAACAGGGAAAACAUGGCGGAAACACCUUCGGAGGAUGGCGGUCUUCUCAUGAAGAGCACGGAAAGGCAUCGUGGAUCUUUGGGAGAAGAAUCUGAAGUAAGCUCUGAUCAUAACAUUAUUAAAGGUGGUGAUAAAUUGGCUCUCACGCCUUUGCAUUCUAGCGAGCGUUCAAACGCGAAGACGGAAGGAGAGAGUGGUGAGGUCGGCGGUAUCGAGAAAGGGAAGCCCGCGGAGAGUAGCAGUAAGAGACAGAGACGUGUGGGCAGAGUGGACAGCGGGAGCUGGAGUGAGACGGAAAGUUUAUCCGCUUCUGAACAAUCGUUGAGGCUGUGGAUGACCUCACACGCUGAGGAGGUCAAAAGACGCGCCCACACGACGAGACAUGACAGCACUUCAGGCCUGCCGUUUGAUUCUCAAGCCCAUGUUAUGGGUAGCCUUGUUGACGAUGAUGUACAUAAUUUCUCUCCGGACGAUAUAAGUAGGAGAUCUUCUCAGAGCAAAGUUAGUGACGUCGGUGUGGUGUGUGGACAUCAGGUGGCCAAUAGUGUUUUACCGCGGCGUCGCCGGAGCCUCGUUCUCGAAGGUGAAGGUCAAGUUGUUUCAAAGAACUCGAUUCUCGGAGUGCCGUCACAUGACCCUUUUGUUGACAAUAUGGCGCACAUUAGCAGACGCCAGAGUGUUGCUCAACUGGAAUCAGCACAAGGCUGCAGCAGCAACAAUAGCAAUGCCAACAACAACAACAACAGCAUCAGCAGCAGCAACAACAACAAAAACAACAACAACAACAACAACAGCAGCAGUGAAAGCCCCAGAAGACUGAGUUUGGGCGACAUAUCCAACAGACGUAAGUGGAGUGUCUCCUCCGAAGUGGACGUACAAAUAAACCGUGUAGAUUCGUCCUUCACCUUGAGGAAACCCAGCAGCUCCUCCCGAUUUGUAGAACGCGGUACGCCCUGCGAGAGUCUGGGAGAUUCCGUCGGUUCUCCGCCGCCCUGGGGUGUUCGCUCCGGUAACCAUGUCAACGGCGUCGGUGACGACGUGGCAGAGAUCUCCCGGCUCAGCCGGAAGUCAAGCUCGUCGAUGCGAGUCCGUGAUUGGUGCCUCGCCGGGACGGGCGGUCACGUGACAGAGACGUCACAGCGCUACGUCAGACACUCAUCUUCUCUGCCUUCUAUAAUGAGUGUUGUCUCACGACACCCAAAACUCUCUGAGACCAACCCGCUCACAGCUCAGAAACAUAAGCAGAGACUACUACAACAACUACACCAGCAACAACAACAACAACAUCACCACCAGCAACAGCAGCAGCAGCAACUACAACUACAGCACCAAUGGACACCGCCGCCGCAGCUCCUGAAGGGUAGACGUCGCUCCAGUCUAUCCAACUGGUCCUUGGAACAGCGCGGCGGGACAACAUGGCGACUCGGGAGGCGGGGCUUAGACUCCUACGUCACUUCCGACAGGCGCAAGUUUCUGCGUAAAACUCUGUCUCAGGGAGACUUUUCCAAGAUGUUGCCCGUCAAGUCCUUCAUGGUGAGAGGUUUCUCGUUCAAUUAUACAAUACAUCCCGCCUCUGUAAAGACCAAAAAGUGUUGAUAGGGGCGUUAAACCCAUACACUCAAAUAUAUACACCUCCGUCUCUUAGUUCACAUAAAUGUGUUGACAGGGGCGUUAAGAUCAUACACGUACUUACUUUUAUAUACAUACAUAGCGUUUCUUGAUAACCUAAUAGUAUUGAUAGGGGCUAUUAAUUCAUACGUGUACUCGUCUUAUUUAUACAAUGCAUUCUGCCUCUGAAAUAACCUAAAAGUCUUGAUAUGAGCAUUAAACCCACAUUAUUACACGUACGUGCUUACUUACACAAAACACUGGAAUGUGGGACGAUAAAGGCCCACUAGGUUGUCUCUUUGCGUUGUUCUUGUGUGA